AUGGCUGCUCGCGCUGCUCUUUCCAGCACACUUAAGGCCGCAGUGCCUAGUGCUACUCGCAACCUUGCCACCUCUACAGCUGCUGUUUCAGGCUUGGCCCCUCCUUCUCCCAUUGAUAUCUCCAAGCUUAAGAUCACCAAGACUACCACUCCUAAGAAGCUUCCUCCUCCUGAAGAGCUUAUCUUUGGUCAGACUUUCACUGACCACAUGCUCACCAUUGAGUGGAACGAUAAGGAUGGCUGGCUCGCUCCUGAAAUCACACCCUUCCAUAACCUCAGUCUUGACCCCUCUGCCAUUGUGCUCCACUACGCUUUUGAGUGCUUUGAGGGCCUCAAGGCUUACGUUGACAAGGACGACAAGAUUCGCAUCUUCCGUCCUGACCGUAACAUGAUCCGCAUGAACAAGUCUGCUGACCGUAUCUGUCUCCCAACUUUUGACACUGAAACUAUGCUUAAGCUCAUUAGCGAUUUUGUCAAGCUCGAAAAGGACUUCAUCCCCAAGAAGAAGGGCUACUCUCUCUACCUCCGCCCUACCCUCAUUGGUACCCAGGCCGGGCUUGGUGUCCAUAUCCCUACAAAGGCUCUCUUCUACGUCAUUGCCUCCCCCGUUGGCCCUUACUACCCCACCGGCUUCAAGGCUGUUCGUCUCGAGGCCACCGACUACGCCACCCGUGCUUGGCCCGGCGGUACCGGUGACAAGAAGCUUGGUGCCAACUACGCUCCCUGCGUCAAGCCCCAGCGUGAGGCUGCUGAGCGUGGCUACCAGCAAAACCUCUGGUUGUUUGGUCCUGAGGGCAAGGUCACCGAGGUCGGUACCAUGAAUGUGUUUUUCGUGUUUGAGGACAAGGCCACUGGCAAGAAGGAGCUUGUGACUGCGCCGCUGGACGGCACCAUCUUGGAGGGUGUUACCCGUGAGUCCAUUCUCCAGUUGGCUCGCGAGCGUCUUGACCCCAAGGAGUGGAUUGUCAGCGAGAGAUACUGCACUAUCCACGAGAUUAUUGAGCGUGAGGCCAAGGGUGAGCUUGUGGAGGCCUUUGGUUCUGGUACUGCUGCUGUUGUUUCCCCCAUUAAGGAGAUUGGCUUCCAUGACAAGAACAUUAAUGUUCCUCUUCAGCCCGGCAAGCAGACUGGUCCUUUGACGGAGCAGGUUGCUGAGUGGAUUUCUCAAAUUCAGUAUGGUGAGAUUGAGCACCCUUGGAGUUUUGUUAUUUCCGAGUAA